AUUAUUCUUGCGUGCGGCGCGGGAGCUAGCUGUUGUGAAACUGAAUCUAAACAUCAUUGUGAACAUCUCACUCGGAUUUACUUUAAGUUUAACAUCCAUCAGUUGCAAACUAUUCGUUGAAAAUGUCUGCUCCAUACCCAGACAAGGCUCAGGAGGCUGCCUACCCUCCCCAACAGCCUGCAGGAUACGCCCCGGUCACCCAGAACCCAGGAUAUCCCCCACAAGGCUACCCACCCCAGGGCGCCCCUCCAGCUUACCCUCAGGGUCAGGCUCAGGCUCAAUACGGCGGUGGGCAGAAUGUUAUUGUUGCGACUGCGCCUCAGACGACAAUGAUUGUACGUCAAUCCCAGCCACAACCCAAUGACUACCUGGCCUUUGCUAUCUUCGUCACCAUCUGUUGCUGUUUGCCAUUUGGAAUCGUUGGCAUCGUGAAGGCCAUGGAUGUUCGUAAUCGCUACACCGCCGGCGACAUGGCAGGAGCCGAGGAAUCCUCUCGAUCCGCCAAAAACUGGUCUAUGGCUGGUCUCAUUGUCGGCAUCGUCCUCGAGGUCAUCGGUAUCAUCCUCAUCGUCGUCUACUACGUGGUGAUCCUAGCGGCUGUCUCCUCUUCGUAUGACAUAUAUGGUUAGUAGACCAUAUCUGACACGAGACCGCCUCCAUGGAUCUAUCUCCGCACUCGAAUACCAAAUUGAAAGUCUUCUCACUGAAGACUGGCUGUUAGAAAUUAAAGUUGUGUUCAGAAAAACCUGAUUUCGCCAGGUUUUUUUUCUCCAUUGUCUACAAUUAAAUGUUUACUUUUAAGAGAUAUUUGUCACGAAUUCUUUAAAAAUUUCAACAUAGCAGAUUUGAUAUUGCCAUAGUUUUUCCUAUUUUGAAAAAGUCUUGAUAAAAAUCAUGUAAUACAAUUCUGCGUGGGAGGGUUCCGUGACAUUUGCUUCGGUGACAAUUUCUCUGAUGAAAAAUCUUCACAUUAUUAUUAAAUCUUCACAUUAUUAUUAAAAGCUAAAGACAAAACCUACAUGUACAUGUAACAUCCAAAACUAGACCUAAUCCUAGUCUUUACUAUAUUCUAAACCAAAAACUAUUACAUGUACUAGCCUACAUGUAUUAUAAACUCUAACAAUUUUGAGCUACGUAUGGAGGUUAAAAUCAUUUAAAUAUAACCUGAAUAUUAAUAGUUGCUAUGUUUAAUUUUUGUUUCAUUGUAAUUUUCGGAUUUCCCGGAAUUUCCUGGAAUUUUUUCAUUUUCCGGAAAUUACCUGGAAAACAUCUGGAUUUCCCGGAAUUCGGGUAAUUUCCUUCCAAGUGGAAACACUGCAGUAUCCAUAUAAAAUAAAAAUUCCCCUUUAUUUUUUUAUCAUGUACAAUUGAAUUUCUACACCAUGUACAAUUAAAUUUGUACAAACUUAUUCAAGGCAAUACAACUGAAAUGGGUGUAUUCCACUGUAUUUUCUGUUUGUAUUGCAGCUUUGAAAUUUACUAAAUAGAUGUAAAUGAUAGGCUGAAAAUUGCUGAAUAAAUUCGCUUCUCUAAAAAAAGUAAAACCUUGUUAAUGGCUUGAUGGGCUGAAUAUUGCUGAAAAUAUAGCUUCUGCCAAUCCAUGCACGGUACUGUACACUGUAAUGUACUGGAUAUGAGGGGCCUAUUAUGUAAGUUCUCUGAAGGUACCAUGUCUGAGUGACUGGCUUAAAUUAGGAAACAUCUUUCUUUUAUUUUCAAUGUACAUGUACAUGUAUGUGUACUGUAGCUUAGAGGGCAUUUGGAGAAACAACUUGCCAUUUAAUUUGAUAUUGAAUAUUUACUCGGCUGUACUACAUGUAAUGAACGGGCGUAUUCAGGAUUUUGGCAGAGAGGGGCGCAAGUAGGAAAUUCGAAAAUGGAGGGGGCGCAGGUGACAGAUUCUUAGAUUUAGCUAUAUAAUGGGCAAUUUUCAAAAUAUAGAGGGGGCCCCACCCCUCCUGCCUGGAACCGGCCUCUGGGUAUUGUACAGUAGUGAGUAUCGUAGUACUAUAGAAUGUAUAUUGGAUGCUUUAAUGUAAAUAUGAACAUGCUAUUAUUACCCGUAUAUUGUGUAGUUUGUUUGAAUACUUCUCGUUUUAUGAUACACUGUGUAUGCAUGCUGUGAUCUUUAAUGUGUCGCAAAAUGGUUUACAAUAUAAUGGUAGCCAUAUAAAUGUAACAAACUACAGAUUGUGGCACGUUAAUGAUGUAUAGAGUUCCAUAUGGGUGCAUACCAAUACAUAUUGGCUUUAACAAACCCCUCUUUACUCUCUUUGAAUUAGAUAUUAAGUUAUACUGUAUUUGCCACUUGCCGAACAUAUAAAGGACAACUCAAAGACAGCCUUGAUUAAAAAAUGUUGGAAUAAACUGCUUUUUUAUUCAACUUUUUGUUAAUGGGGAGUUGCAGGAAAAUAUUUGCCAUUAAUAAAUCAAUUUUAGCUGUAGAUAGCAAAUUAGUAAUACACUCCACUGCACAAAGCAGAUUCUGGUUAACAGUCAAUUGCAAAUUGCCAUCACUAAGUUACGAAACAUAAUUGUAUUUGAUCAAUUGGGCAACUCCAAGUAGAUUUGCAAAUGAGAGCAAAUUUCUUGCAAGAAGAUAUCUGCACAAUAUAGGUAUGCCUAAUUUAGAGCAAAUACAAAUCCUGCCUUGUCCUGCUUGACUGCCAUGUAGCCUUUUCAUGUACUUUGUACAUGUAUGGAUGGUACGAAGUAAUUGUUUUCCACUUAAGGCGGACCAUUCGUACAACUGAAAAGCUACAUGUGUAUAUAUAUAGACAUGAUGUUAGCUGCCUAGUCUGCAGACACAAACUUUUUUCACAAUAUCACUUAAUAAUGCAUAAAUGCAGAGUUUGAAGUAGUAAGACUUGGUUCACCAUGUACUGUGGCUGCCUCUACCAAAUGUUAUUUGAUUCAGACAGGGAGUUUGGAGUCUAGUCUUCGCUCUAGACUUGUUGUAAAUGAUUAAAAUCUCAAACAUGAGUCUGAGCGUGCAGACUAGGUGGACAUGUACAUGCAUGCCUGCAUCACUUGUGUAUGUGAUCUCGAGAGUCCACGGGAUGAUGGAAAUACAAAGAGCGUGGGCUGUUCCGGAGGGAGGGAGGAUGAACGGUAAAUCCUUGUUACCUGGAAUGUCUAGGAUGGAGGGCAAGGUCAUGUGACAUGACCUGGUGAAUAUUAACCACCGGGAGGAUGAAAAGUAAUAUGUUGCAUAAAUGACAAAUCUGUGUUUUUUUUUCAUAUAAGGUGUGUUCAUGGCAUGUACAUGUCGCCUACAUCAUGCUUUGCAUAAAUCAGAGAGGGUACUGAUCAAUAACUACAUGUAUAUUCAUCCAUAUUUGUAUAAAAUCGAUCUAAAUGUAACAAAUCUUUCCAGCAUGUGAUUCAUCCACAAUUAUUAUUACCUUGUCACUGGAUUCAUAGCAUUUCAAGCAGUCUGUUAUGCGCACACUUACUGAUUCAACCACAAUGACAAAGGGUAGCGUUUAGUGUCCUUGAGUAUGGUAUUAAUAGUCUGAGUAAUGAUUUUCGUAAUUUCUAUAUGAUUUUUUUUCAUAAUGCCUUCCAAUAUUUUGAUGACUAAUUCAUGUUUUCCAUACUACAUCAACCAUGGGGAUGGUGGGGGGGGGGGGUACAAAUACCUUGGAUGUUGUGUUGUAAAACCUAAUGUACUAUAUUGCAUAUUUCAUGGAGUUAUACACUUUAUGAUUUAUGUUUUCUUUAUCAAAUACAUGCAGAAGGGCACACAUUGGGUUGAUCAUGAGGAGGUAGAAUGACUUUUUUCAUAUUUCUGUAUGUUUUUUACAAAUUCAUGUUUUGCGUAGUACAGUACACAUGAUCUCGGAGAGUCUGGACUGCCAUAAUGAAUUUUAACACUGUAUAAUUCAGUUAGGCCUACUGAUUAUCAAAAUUAACAUGGGUUUUCAUGUACCGUUAUGUACGUGUAGAAUGGUGGUAUACAAGGCAACAAGAAUGACUAAUAUGGUGGGUUUUUUUUAAUAACUACAAACAAUUUUCCUAAUUGGACCUACGUUUACAUUUAAAUCUUUAGUGAAUGUUUCACUUUUAAUCAAACAAUCAAACUGGGGGUAUAGCAUGACAGUUUGGCAACAUACCUGUACUGUAUAUUGUUGGACGUUUUUUGAAUGAGUAGAAAUUAACUUUCAGUUACAAUGUACAGUGCAUCAGCUAUAAUUUCAACUAUAUUUUAGAUUAUGAAUUUUUUUUACUUCAUUUCAUUGUUCUGGCUCAUACUGCUUUAAUACAAGUGAUAGCACUGAGGCUGUUUAUAUUCUUGCCCCGCCCCCUAUUUUUGCUUUGUUGAGAAAUAACAAAAGUUGUUUCGUUUUUUUGUUGUUGUUUUUUGCUGUUAUUUGGUUUAGAGAACCUCAUGCAUUUUAUGUCAAAGCGCUUUGAUUUUUAAUGUGGAAUGACGUUCUAGAAAACACUGAAAUGUCAUAAAGUUUAUUUUGUUUGCUAUUUUUGUAGUACUUUACAUUUUUGUUUCCUAAAUCAUCAUACUUUUAAUACAUAUUUGUUUGCUAAACCUAUAUUACUAGUACUUCAUGUAUUUGUUUAGUAAAUCAUAAUACUUCACAUUUUUUGUUUGUUUUUCAAAGAUUAAGGGCCAAGGGGCUGUAAGAUAAGGAGAUACACUUAAUAUUUACAGAAAGUAAUGAUUGAUUGUAUUUUUUUUGGACAUGUAUGGUUUACCAUGUAAUUACAUGUAUACAAUUGAUUGCAUCAUGUUAUAUUACACUCCAACAUCGGUAUCAAAUGGUUAUAAAACGAAAGUUUCAUAUUUUCUAACUUUGCCUUUUUUUAGGGGGGGGAAGCUAAAUUUUAUUAAAGUACUUAUUUAAUUGCAUGCACCAUUGGUGAUCAGUUAAUCAAUAUCUGCACUAGAGUGGAUUAGAAAUUUCCUUCAAAAAUAUUUAAGAAUUUGAAAAAAAAGGUUAAUAAUUAGUCAAUGACUCAGUUCACUACCUGUUUGUGUAGUGUACUGGUUUUCAUAUCCUUGCCUAUACAGUGUACCACGCAUGGGGACAUGAGCAAAUGUGCAUGCUGUGCUAAUAACACUAAUGAGCAUACAACUAGCAUUCAUACUUGGGCGUGAACAUUACAUGACAAAAUGUGAAGAAAACAGCAUCGAAAGUAAAUCAUGGCCGUUAAGACCCAUUUUUUUAGCUCUGUUCAAAUUAUGAAUGAUGCAUCAUACAAUGGUCUUUCUCUUUUCUUUUUUUUUGUUUGUCUUCGAAUUUGUGAACUUGUAGUUCUUCCCUCUCAUCUUUAUACAAUGAAUAAGAUGUCCAUGUCGUAAGGCAUAAUGUUUUUUAAAGUGAUUUUAGAGUUAAUUAGGGGUGAAAAAUACUUUUGAAUGGACCUGUAGAAUGGUCUUUGAGUAAUCCUUGAGAUAGGUUGCUUCAGAUGAGAGAAUAUUCAGAUUAGAUUUUUACUCAAGAUAUUCUACAAAUUCAUUCUGAUUUACUCCUUAAAGUUGAAUUCAUUCUAGCACUCCUAAACAGGUGAAUGCAAUCUUAUCAAUUUAAUGAAAAAUUGAAAAGGAGUGUGAUUUAAUGCUUAUUCAAUCCUUAGUGUUUGAAUUCACUCGUAUUCACUCCUGAAAUUGAAGGGUUUAUUCAAUCUUCACUCCAAAAAUAAUUAAUUCACCUUGUUCUACUUUCCAAGAGAUGGAUCUUUCUGCAAAGAGUGAAUUUAAGCUUGUUCAGUCUUUGAGUGUCUAACCCUCUUUGUGCUUGACGUAGUCAAUGCACUCUUUACAGAUUGAAUUCACCUUUAUUCACUCCUAAAAUAUAUAAAUUUUCAUUCAUCUUUUAUCAUUUUUUAGAGAGAGAUGGUAUAUGCCUUUGAAUAUAUCUCAGGCCGGGUAAUUUCAUUCUUUCGUACUGUUCGAUUGUGCCUCACUCUUUCGUAUAUUCUUUUUUCGAUAAAAUCAAAUUUUAAAGAUUAAAUUGUACUUUCAUACCAAUUAUAUGACAUUGCAUAUUUGCAAUCAUGCAUUAGAUUUUAUUCCCUCUGUACACAUUGUGAACUAACUAUAUGUAUGAUUACUUAUGAAUAAAAAUGUGUUUUAGUGA